AUGACCAUACCGAAAGACAUCCCCGAAAAGUGGCUGCCCAUCGUUCUGCCUCUCCAGCGGCAGAAGCAGCGGGGACUCGAUGCGAGCAAAGCGAGAAAACCGCGGACAGAGGAGGAGAGAAGGGUCCGCGCCAACGACCGAGAGUACAACGAGAAGUUCCAGUACGCGAGUAACUGCAUCAUGACAUCCAAGUACAACAUCCUCACCUUUCUGCCCGUCAACCUGUUUGAGCAGUUCCAGGAAGUGGCGAACACCUACUUCCUUUUCCUGCUCAUCCUGCAGUUGAUACCUCAGAUAUCCUCUCUCUCCUGGUUCACCACCAUAGUGCCUUUAGCUCUUGUGCUUACCAUCACUGCAGUGAAGGAUGCCACCGAUGACUAUUUCCGCCACAAGAGCGACAACCAAGUGAACAACCGUCAGUCUCAGGUCCUCAUCCACGGCUCCCUGCAGAAGGAAAAGUGGAUGAACGUUCGAGUGGGCGACAUUAUCAAGCUGGAGAACAACCAGUUUGUGGCAGCCGACCUGCUCCUGUUGUCCAGCAGCGAACCCCACGGUCUGUGUUACAUCGAGACAGCCGAGCUUGAUGGAGAGACCAAUAUGAAGGUACGCCAGUCUGUCUCAGUCACGUCAGAACUGGGGGACCCGAACAACCUGGCCACGUUUGACGGUGAGGUGGUGUGUGAGCCCCCGAACAACAAGCUGGAUCGUUUCUGUGGGAUGCUGCAUUGGAAGGAGAGUAAAUACAGCCUAACCAACCAGAACAUGCUGCUGCGGGGUUGUGUCCUGCGCAACACAGAGGCCUGCUACGGCCUCGUCAUUUUUGCUGGCCCAGAUACCAAGCUCAUGCAGAACAGUGGUCGAACCAAGUUCAAGCGUACCAGCAUCGACCGUCUGAUGAACACCCUUGUCCUCUGGAUCUUCGGCUUCCUGGUGUGCAUGGGUGUGAUCCUGGCGGUGGGGAACGCGGUGUGGGAGGGAGAGGUCGGCUCCCUGUUUCAGAGCUACUUGCCCUGGGACCCUCCCGUCAACAACUUCCUCUUCUCCGCCUUUCUGUCUUUCUGGUCCUACGUCAUCAUCCUCAACACCGUGGUGCCUAUCUCUCUUUAUGUCAGUGUGGAGGUCAUCAGGCUGGGCCAUAGCUACUUCAUUAACUGGGACCAGCAGAUGUUCUGCACACAGUGCAACACAGCAGCAGAAGCCAGAACCACCACCCUCAACGAGGAGCUGGGGCAGGUUGAAUACAUCUUCAGUGACAAGACGGGAACUCUCACCCAGAAUAUCAUGACCUUCAACAAGUGCUCCAUCAACGGGCAAGCUUAUGGUGAGGUAAUGGAUCCACUGAGACCUCAGCCAAAGAGACUGGACUUUACACCCUUCAACGCCCUGGCGGACCCUGACUUCUGUUUCUAUGACGACUCCCUCUUGGAGGCGGUGAAAGUGGGGGAACCUCAUGCUCAGGAGUUCUUCCGCCUGCUCUCCCUCUGUCACACCGUCAUGAGCGAGGAGAAGAGUGAGGGGGAGUUGGUAUAUAAAGCCCAGUCACCAGAUGAGGGAGCCCUAGUGACUGCAGCCAGGAACUUUGGCUUUGUGUUUCGCUCUAGAACACCCGGCACAAUCACCACCACAGAGCUGGGGCGGCUGGUCACCUACACACUGUUGGCCAUACUGGACUUCAACAACAUUCGCAAGAGGAUGUCCGUUAUAGUGCGUAACCCAGAUGGCAGGAUCCGUCUGUACUGUAAAGGAGCCGACACCGUGCUGCUGGACAGACUUCACCCCAGUAACCAGGAACUGAUGAACAUCACCUCCGACCAUCUCAAUGAGUAUGCAGCAGACGGGCUGAGGACCCUGGCCCUGGCCUAUAGGGAUCUGACGGAGGAGCAGUGGGAGGAGUGGUCACACAGUCACCACUGUGCUGACAAAGCCGCAGACUGCAGGGAAGACCGGCUGGCAGCCGCCUAUGAGCAAAUAGAACAGGACAUGAUGCUCCUGGGUGCCACAGCAAUAGAGGACAAGCUGCAGGAGGGUGUCCCAGAAACCAUUGCUGUCCUCUCACUUGCCAAUAUUAAGAUCUGGGUUCUCACUGGAGACAAGCAGGAGACUGCAGUGAACAUAGGUUACUCGUGUAAGAUGCUGACGGACGACAUGACCGAGGUGUUCAUCGUCAGUGGACACACUGUCCAGAGUGUUCGACAGGAGCUCAGGAGGGCAAGGGAACGGAUGAUCGAGCUUUCCGGAACCAGGGAUGGAGCGAAGGAGGAGAGAAUGGGGGCAUGGGGGGAGGCCUGCUUCAUGGGCAACGGAAUGGCGGUGGGGGGAGAGGUAGGCGGGCAAAGGGAGGGGGGACAGCUGCAAGGACCUGCUGCUGCCCAGGGCCCCCGUCCUCAAACCCCACCCAACCUCAUGGACAACGUCUCCGGAGAGUUUGCCCUCGUCAUCAACGGCCACAGUCUGGCCCACGCCCUGGAGGCGGACAUGGAGGCGGAGUUUGUUCUGACGGCGUGCGCUUGCAAAGCGGUGAUCUGCUGCAGGGUCACGCCGCUCCAGAAAGCCCUGGUGGUCGAGCUCAUCAAGAAGCACAAGAAGGCCGUCACGCUGGCGAUCGGAGAUGGAGCUAAUGACGUUAGCAUGAUCAAGAGCGCUCACAUAGGAGUCGGGAUCUCAGGACAGGAGGGGAUCCAGGCGGUGCUGUCCAGCGACUACUCCUUCUCCCAGUUCCGUUUCUUGCAGCGCCUCCUGCUGGUCCACGGGCGCUGGUCCUACCUGCGCAUGUGCCGCUUCCUCUGCUACUUCUUCUACAAGAACUUUGCCUUCACCAUGGUGCACUUCUGGUUUGGUUUCUUUUGCGGCUUCUCUGCCCAGACGGUGUAUGAUCAGUACUUCAUCACACUCUACAACAUUGUGUACACCUCUCUGCCCGUCCUGGCCAUGGGGAUAUUUGACCAGGAUGUCCCGGAGCAAAGGAGCCUGGAGUACCCCAAGCUGUACGAGCCCGGUCAGCUCAAUCUGCUCUUCAACAAGAGGGAGUUCUUCAUCUGUAUCGCCCAGGGCAUCUUCACCUCUGUGGUGCUGUUCUUUGUCCCUUACGCCAUCCUCUCCAGCGCCACUCAGAGCACAGGGGAGCCCCUUGCCGACUACCAGACCUUCGCCGUCACCACGGCAACGGCGCUGGUCAUUGUCGUAAGUGUGCAGAUUGCCCUCGACACAGGUUUCUGGACCGUUAUCAACCACGUGUUUGUGUGGGGCUCUCUUGGCUCCUACUUCACCAUCAUGUUUGCCAUGCACAGUCAGACGCUCUUCAGCAUCUUCCCCAAUCAGUUCCACUUCGUCGGCAGCGCUCAGAGCACUCUAUUGCAGCCCGUUGUUUGGUUGACUAUCGUCUUGGCAACGGUGAUUUGCAUCGUUCCAGUUCUUGCGUUCCGUUUUCUCAAACUUGACCUCAAACCCCAGCUGUCAGACACGGUGCGCUACACCCAGCUGGUUCGCCAGAAGAAGCGAAAGCCGGUGGGCCGUGGUGCAGGUGGCAUCCGCCAUGGUGUGGGCAGUGUGUCAGAGGGUCGCCUGGGGGCUCGCGGCGGCUCCAGGAGGUCGGGGUAUGCCUUUGCACACCAAGAGGGCUUCGGGGAGUUGAUCACCUCGGGAAAGAAUAUGAGACUCUCGUCUCUGGCGCUGGCCACCUUCGCCUCCAGACACAGCUCCAGUUGGAUCGACACACUCCGCAAGAAGAAACAUGCGCACUCCCACACUCCCCCCAGCGCCUCGGGAGAGAGCAGCCCAGCGCCAAGCUGCAUCUCUGGUUCUGUUCCAGCCCCGCUGUCAAACUCAUCAUCUGUCCUCAGUGGCUCACAGGAGGCCCCCAUUGAGGAAGGAACACAAACGCCACCGGUCCAGCACACACAGGCCGAUCCCAUCCCAUCCAUACUGACCACGCAGGCUCUAGCUAACGCUUCAGAACCAGUUCCACCACAGGCUCCGGCCCAGGCCCACUCCAUUGGCCUUCACACCCCAACAUCAGUGAGGCAUCAUGGGGGGGACUCAGCCGGAGGCUGGACACUCAGUCUGGGCACCAUGCAGGAGGCUCUGUUUGGCUGGAGGGGCAUUGCUGCUCGCACCAGCGGAUCCAGCAGCCCAGGCCCACCCUCAUUCACCAAGGAAGCCAGUCAUGCUGAGUGA